AUGCCUUCCUGGGGAAGCGGGAACGGGUGUGAGGUGUGGGCCCCCUGCCUGGGGCGGCCUGGAUCAGUGCUGCACGACAGGCCUUCCCAAACGUGCAGCGUCCGAGAGGGCAGCGUGGUGGCUGGGCCUGACUUCGUUCAGCCGCCUGCUGGGGCAAAGCGACGCCGGCACUGGCCCUGCGUCUGCGCAAACCUGGAGAUGGGAGUCGGGGGACCUGAGGCUCCCAGUCAGAGAGAGGAGCUGGGCAUCUGUGUCUCCCCGAUGCGUGCAGCCUCACCCAGCUCCCCAGGAGCGGAGUCAAGGGAGCCGGCCUCACGGCAGCCUCCUCCAGAGGAAAGGAACCACCACUCUGCCCAGGGUCCCGCGAAGCCCGCGACAGCCACUCCAGGGGGUCCGGCCGCACGUGGUCCGAGGGCCCCGCCCCUCUGCGCUCCCUGCUCGCCCGCACUUGGCCGCGCGCCCCGGUGCCCGCUUGCCCGCUGCACUGCGGCCGGGUCCCCCGGCGCAGUGCGGACCGCCCCUCCCCAGGGCCCUGGCGGCGCGAGCCGCGGUACUCACACGCCAGCCAAGGACAAGGACGCGGCGACCAAAGAGGAAGGAUCGGCAACGCUGGACGGCAGAGGAAAAGGAGGACCGCGCGGGCCGCGCACGGGAAAUGAAGCAGCGGACUCUACCACGCACCCGGACGCGGGGGAAGAGGCUCGCGUGCACGCCCCGCCGCGCUGCCGGAGCCCCCCGCGCGACGCUCCCCGUGGGUGCGAAGACAGAAGCCAGUAG